UAGUUAGUUAUUGGUUAUAAUUCUGUUAAGACAAGUUGUAGGUUGUUACAACUUGUCCACUAGGCUUCUUGAUAUUUAGUCUUCCUAUUCAAGACUAACCCUAUAUAAAUAGCUUGUUGUAUCAUUUCAUUACUCACUUUUUCACUAUAAUAAAAAUACAGUACAGAGGAUUCACUCUGUUUUCUUCUUCUACCUUCUUUGAGUUCUUUAUUUCUCAUAUGGUAUCAGCAGACCACCUUGACCAUCCUUCCAUGGCGAGGCCUUCCACACGCUCCCAGGAUGGUGUUCCUCCACCUGCAAAUGAGCAAACCCAAUCGGCUUCUCAUCCCGAUUCGACUUCCGCACCUCUCGCCAGCAUCCCCAUGGCUUCUCAACGAAUUCCCCCUUCCAGAUCCAGAUCCAGAUCGCAGAAUGAGGAAGAAAUCCUUGAACCUGUCCACUCUUCUCCAGCUCCUCCCAAUGACAACAUCUCCCAACCUGUUCGUCGAUCCCUUCAAGAUCGAUUAGCUCAUGAAGAUGUUACCAGUCCAUUUUUUCUCAGCACAGCCGAUCAUCCAGGGCUAGUUCUUGUCUCUACCAUUCUCAAUGGCGCCAACUACCAGUCUUGGAAAAGGGCUAUAACUAUGGCGUUCACAGCCAAGAACAAAUCCGCUUUUAUUGACGGCACUCUUCCUCGACCUGCAGCUGGUAACCCCCUUCUUAACUCUUGGAAUCGUUGUAAUAACAUGGUAAUGUCUUGGCUCAUGAACUCUGUAUCUCCUGAAAUAGGACAAAGUAUCAUGUAUUUUGAUCUUGCUACAGAAAUGUGGCAUGACCUUCAAGAAAGAUUCAAUGAAGGCAAUGGCCCUAGAAUCUUUCAGCUGCAAACACAACUCACCCGUUUGCAGCAAGGUGACCAAUCCGUCACCACAUACUUCACAAAGCUCAAAUCCAUUUGGGAUGAGCUAAAAGAAUUUCAACCUAAUGCUGCCUGUUCUUGUGGUGCCAUGAAGGUAUUUCUCACUUACUACAACCAAAACAAGGUUUUACAAUUUCUAACCGGCCUCAAUGAAUCAUAUGCCUCGGUUAGGGCUCAAAUCCUUCUCAAUGAACCCAUCCCUAAUCUUUCUAGGGUAUUCUCCAUGAUAGUUCAAGAAGAAAGGCAAAGAACACUUGGUUCAUCCGAUGUUUCCUCUCUUGCCUCAUCGGUUCGACCAUCAUCUUCCACUAAUCCCUCUCGUGGCAAGAAACCCCGACCUUCUUGCACUAAUUGUGGAAAACCAGGGCAUUAUGUGGACAAAUGCUACUUUCUUCAUGGGUUUCCACCCGGCUAUGGCGACAAGAAAAAGAAUGACAAAGCCAAAGCUACUGCCAACAAUGUGGCUGCUUCAUCUACCUCCGAUGUUGCCCCAAAUCACCCUCAAAUUGAUCUUUCGAGCCAAUGCCAGCAGCUGAUUUCCCUCCUCAGCCAGCAGCUCAGUCACGGCUCCACCCGAGAAGAACCAAACAACAAUGCAGCAGCUUCUAACAUGGCUGGCUCAUUCUCCGAGUGUGGUGAUUGGGACAGCUAGGAGGCUUGGACAACUCUUUGUUCUUCUCCAAGAUUCCCUUCCACUAGCUAGUUCUACUUGUAUUUCUGUUUUUACAAAUAAUGGAGACCAUUGGCAUAAACGUCUUGGUCAUCCCUCUAUGUACAUCUCUAACAAUUUCAAUAAAGAUCAUGGUUUUGAUUCACAUA